AUGCUGCUCGCCUGGCCGUGGCUGCUGGCCCUGGGGCUGCUGGUGGGGCGUGGGGAGGCCCAGAGCUGCACCCAAGCGUAUGGAGGCCCGAAUUUGGCCAGAGGUCGGCCAACCAUGCAGUCCUCCCCAGGCGCAUCUGCAGGCAUUGGAAGUUCAAGCCGCGCUGUGGACGGGAACUGUAAUGGGAAUUGGAAUUCCGCAUCCUGCACUCACACCGAUCUGGUGAACAGCCCGUGGUGGUCCGUGGACUUGGGCAGAGAAUACUCCAUCUCCCUUGUGGUGGUGAAAAGCCGGCAGGACUGCUGCGGAGAGAGAAUCCAGGGGGCCACGAUCCAUGUGGGACGUCACAUGGGGGACCUUAGUAAAAGCAGCGUGUCCUGUGGAACCAUCGCAGAUCUCCGAGAAGGAUCCCUCAGCACCAUUCACUGCAAUGGAGCCGUGGGCCGCUACAUAACCAUUGCCAUCCCUGAUCGGGUCGGAUACCUGACUCUGUGUGAGGUGGAGGUCUAUGGCACCAAGGCACUGGUGAAGCCUGCUUAG